AUGGAUCCAAAUUCCAUCUUGCUUUCUCCUCAGUCUCGGACCUACUCCCACCUGGAAGAACCCUGUAUGGAAGGUGAGAGAAGCCCAGGCCCCCGAGAGCCCGGUAGAGACUCCCCCUUUUCCUGGAGACAGGCCCCCAGCUCCAGCCUUGCUGAUCCCAACUGGUUUUGGGAUGAGCAUAUCCAGGCAAAGAGGGCCAGAGUGGAGACCAUCAUCCGAGGCAUGUGUCUUUCCCCCAACCCUCUGGUGCCAGGCAAUGCCCGAGCCAGGGACAGCCCAUGCUGCCCAGAGAAGGUCCGGGAGCGGAAGAGGAAGCAGUGCCUUCCCAUGCAGCAGGGCACCCUGAAGCCAGGCCCUGCCCAGGACCGAGGCAACAGGAAGGGGGCGCCUCGGGUGAGGGAACAACUUUACCUGCUGAAGCAACAGCUGAGACAUCUGCAAGAGCACAUCUUGCAGGCUGCCGAGCCCAGGGACACAGCUCAGGGCCCAGGAGUCUCUGAGAAGGAGAAAGUCCCUCUGAGUGCAAAGCAGAGGAAUGGCUGUGGGCCUAGCUCCUGGGCUGUGGACAGUGACCAACACCAGGGUUCCAGCAAGGACCUCUCUGAGGCAGAAAAACACAAAGUGUCUGAGGUCGAAUACCACCAGUCUGAGGAGCCCAGGUUUCUUCCUUCUGGAGCACAGGCUUUGCUGGAGAUUCUGAGGAAAGAAUUGACUAGAGCAGUGUCCCAGGCUGUGGACUCAGUAUUACAAAAGUUCAACCGCUGCAUUACCUCCCAGAUGAUCAAGUGGUUCAGCAACUUUCGUGAGUUUUAUUACAUCCAAAUGGAAAAAUUUGCCCGGCAAGCAGUUUCAGAUGGUAUCACAAAUCCCAAAAUGUUGGUGGUUCUCCGCGAUUCAGAACUUUUUCGAGCUCUUAAUAUGCACUAUAACAAGGGAAAUGACUUUGAGGUCCCAGAUUGCUUCUUGGAAAUCGCCAGCUUGACAUUACAGGAGUUCUUCAGGGCUGUCACCACAGGGAAAGACUCAGAUCCUUCCUGGAAGAAACCCAUUUAUAAAAUUAUUUCGAAACUGGACAGUGACAUCCCAGAGAUAUUCAAAUCCUCCAGCUAUCCCCAGGAGCUGUUUCAGAGUUAA